AAUGAUUUAAGAAAGAUACAAUCAUCUGAGUAGCCAAUUCGAAAAGUUAAAACAUUAGAUGGAUCAAAAAGUAUGCUUAGAUGACUUUGUUAAGUAUACAUCUAAAAUUGCAUCUGAAUAUGCUACCUUAUAGAUGUUAGAUUUUAGCAUUUAAUCAAUUGAAACGAGAAUGCUCUUCUAUUCGUCUGAUAAUUAAAUGAAAGGUAGUUUAAUUACAUCUAGAGUAAAAUAGUAAAACAAAUAAACUUAAGUUUAUGAAUACUAACAUACAAUGGAAUAGUAAUUAGAAGAGAGACUUAAUAGAUUUAGAGAAUUAAUAACAUCUUAAGUUAGAUAGUUUUGUGAUUAAGUUUAAGCUUAAGAUAUUAGUAAACCAUUUAGAGAAUAAAUUUCAAAUAAUGUAAAUAAUCUUCAUGAAAAAUUGCAUUAAUUAGAAUUAUUUUAAAUCGAGAUCUAAAGACAUUUGGAAGCAAGAGAGUUUGAAAAACUCAUAAAAAAAUAUACUGAAGUAGAAUAGAGAUUGAAUUUAUUAGAAAAUCAUUCAAAAGGUUUAACUAAUUUAAUUCAAGUUCUAAAUCAGUAAAAAAAAAUAGAUGAAUAAGAAUAAAAGAAAAAAAAGAAAGAGAAAAAAAUGGAGGACCAUUUAAAUUAAUAUUUAACAAUUGAAGAUUUUUAGAAGUAUUAAUAAUAUAUUAAAGAACAUUAUUUUACUUAAGUUUAAGGUAAUAUAUAAUUUAAAAAAAAGGGGCUUAAUUUUUAUAAAGAGUUAAUGAAACUGAAGAUAACAUUAAGAAUUUGUUUAAUAAAGAUAUUUAUGAUAAAUUAUCAUUAGAAAUAACUGAUAUUGAUGAAAAAUUUGGUAUUGUGUUAGAAUCUCUAUAAAAUAAAUUAAAUUAAUAGAUACAAAAUUAAGCAACUAAACUUAAUACAUUUGAAAUGUCAUUAGGAUCAUUUAUGAGUAAAUCAGAAGUAAUUUAAAUGCUUGAUAAUCCAUAAGCUAUGAUGAAAAUGAAUUCAGCUGUUUAAAAUAUAUAAGAAAAAUUUAAAGAACUUUAUUCAAAAUAAAUUGAUAUUUUAGAAUCCUCAUUUAAAUUUACAAUUAGUAAUAUAUAAGCUGCAAAUAUUACAGAAAAUGAUAAAUUAAAUCAGAAUGCAUUAUUAUUAAAAAAGUGUGAAUAAAUAAAGAUAACUUUAUAAGAAUAUUUUGGAUAAAAUAAUUAACAAAAUUAUUCUUAAAAGAAGAAAUAAGAAUUAUAUUAGUAAUAAUCCUAACAAUUUAAAAAUUAGAAUAGAUUAGAAAGCAAAUUUUAGAAUAGACCUUUAUCAGUUGGUAGUAGAAAUACAAAAUUAAGAAGAUAAUCAGCAACUCCAAAAGUAAUAUCUGCAUCUUUUUCAGGAAGUUCAGCAGAACCAUAAUUUUUUUAAAAGGUUUUGCAGAAUCCUCUUGUUUAAAAAAUAAAGAAAUGA